AGAACCUGGGCAGCAGUGCAGAAGUGAGUCCAGAGCGGUCCUGGUGACAAACAGGUGGAUUUAAUCAACGAUCCCAUGCAGGAUAGACUUCUGCAGACCAGAGACGAGAGCUAUCCUUUUUUCCUGCUUCUUGCCCAGAAGGACUGUUUGGUUCAGACCAUGAACCGGAGCUGGACCCUUCCCUUGGUUCUGGUGCUGAGUCUUCAGACAAGUACCAUCCUGGGAGGUAGAGCUCAGCGUAAACAGAGAGAGGCAGAGGACAGCUUGAAACCAUACCUUGGCAGAGUGGACCCAGAGAAGUUGUGUGAGCUUCUGAAGUGCCACAGCCCAACAGGGUCCUGGUGUCAGGUGGUUCGCAAUAACGGCGUCCUCAUCCCAAAGUGUGUGUGUCCCCGCUCCUGCCCACGAGAGAGGGCGCCAGUGUGCAGCGUUACGGGGAGAACUUAUGGGAACGAGUGUCUCUUGCACAAAGAAGCUUGUCGAAAGAGACGUCGCAAUGAAUUGGCCCACAGAGGACCCUGUCUUAUUCCCAAGGGAGACUGCACGGAGGAGGAGUUUGGCCAGUUCCCGUACCGCGUGCUGGACUGGUUUCUGCUGCUCAGUCGCAUGGGAGGGUCCUACGCAUCUGCCGCCGUGCCGCCCCAGACCUGCAUUAGCCACGGGCAGAGAUUACAGCUCGCACAGAGGAGGUUCCACCUGUUGGACAGAAACAAAGAUGGUCGCCUGAGCCGCAGGGACCUGAAGAAGCUACGCUACAAGAAGAUGCCUCUGGAACACUGCGCCCUACAGUUCUUCCAGUCAGUCCUUUUCCAUUCACAACACUGCUGUCACCAAACACCACCUCAUGGUUCAAAGGCUUCCCUUUGUUGA